UAUAUGGCACCUGGCACCAAUCACCGUAGUCCUCUGGCUCCCAUCCUGGUAGCACCGUAGCAGCAACGCAAGUCUCGUCUCCUCCUCAAUCGUCCUGCCUCGUUUACGAAACCCUAGCGUCAACUCACCGAUUUCUCAGUUCUGACAAGGCCGACCCAAUUUCCAAGAAUGGCAGAGGGAGAUGAGGACUUGCCAAGAGAUGCAAAGAUUGUCAAAUCACUUCUGAAAUCAAUGGGUGUGGAUGACUACGAACCUCGUGUUAUACACCAGUUUCUAGAGCUAUGGUAUCGUUACGUUGUUGAUGUGUUGACAGAUGCACAGGUUUACUCUGAGCAUGCUGGCAAAUCUGCAAUUGAUUGUGAUGAUGUCAAGCUUGCUAUUCAGUCAAAAGUAAAUUUCAGUUUCUCACAACCACCACACAGAGAGGUUUUAUUGGAAUUGGCUAGGAACAGGAACAAAAUCCCAUUGCCCAAGACAAUAGCUGGACCUGGUAUCGCACUCCCACCAGAGCAGGACACCUUGAUUAGCCCAAACUACCAACUUGCCAUCCCAAAGAAGCGGCCUGCCCAGGCAGUGGAAGAAACAGAGAAGGAUGAAGAAAGCGCUGAUCUCACUCAAUCACAAGAACCAAAGACAGAUGUCCCACAACGUAAUACUUCUCAGAGAGUAUCCUUUCCCCUUACCAAACGUCCUAAGUAAGAAUUUUAUGCCCUCACAGUUGAGACGUUUGAGAAAAUCAUGAACCCUUGAUGAUUAUGUAUAUCCUGUAUCUGUAUGAAGUGGAACUAACAGGUGUAUCAAUUAAGAAGGAAAUGAGAAAAAGGAGAGAACGUGGUACUCCUUUUUUCUUGUGUGAUUGCUCCAAGUGUAUUUGAUCAAUUUCAUUUUUAUAGAAUUUUGGUUCACACUCA